AUGUAAUAGAUUUUUCAUAGUUCGUCUGCCGUUCAUUCAUAAACAAAACCAAACUUGACAGAAAAUGAAUUUAUUUAAGAAUCUCGAUAGUUUACGUCGGUUUGACUCAUUCUCAAAAACGAUAGAAGAUUUCAGAGUAAAAACUUCUGGAGGUGGCCUAGUCACUUUAUUAAGUAUUUGGUGCAUGGUGGUGCUGUUCUAUGCCGAAGUGAAGGACUACAUGACCCCGGGUAUAACGGAAGAUUUAUUUGUUGACACCUCCAGAGGACCUAAAUUGCGUAUCAAUUUGGACAUUGUGAUGCCCACAAUAUCAUGUUCAUUUUUAUCUUUAGAUGCCAUGGACACUGCGGGCGAACACCACCUUCACAUUGAUCAUAAUGUGUACAAGAGGCGUUUGGAUUUACUCGGCCAGCCAUUGGAGGAGCCACAGAAAGAGGACUUAACUACCAGUACUUCUCUGAAAGCCACCACUGAAAAAGCGAAUGUUACGGGGUUGGCAACUUUGAAUGAGACAUGUGGUAGUUGCUAUGGAGCGCCUAAAGAAGUCAUCAAGUGCUGUAACACCUGUGAAGAUGUAAGAGAAGCAUACAGAAUCAUGCAGUGGAGGUUUCCAGACCCAGACGAUAUUGAGCAGUGUAAGAAUGACCAAUCAAAUCUCAUGGCAAAGGGAGCUUUCAAAGAAGGCUGUCAAAUUUAUGGCUACCUUGAAGUAAACAGGGUGGGAGGAAGCUUUCACAUUGCUCCUGGAAGGAGCUAUUUGAUUGAUCAUGUUCAUGUGCACGAUGUGCAGCCAUUUUCAGCAUCCUCCUUCAAUACAACACAUACUAUCCGACAUCUCUCAUUUGGCCUUAAUAUUCAGGGCAAAACUAAUCCCAUCGAUGGCAUUUAUGUAGUUACUCCAGAUGGUGCUACCAUGUUUCAGUAUUACAUCAAAAUUGUUCCUACCACUUAUGUCCGGAAAGAUGGUAGCGUCCUACAAACUAACCAGUUUUCAGUUACCAAGCACAGAAAGGUGGUCACUAUGGGGCAUGGGGAAUCUGGGAUGCCUGGUGUGUUUUUCAAUUACGAACUGUCACCUAUGAUGGUGAAAUACACAGAGAAGGAAAAACCCCUAGGUCAUUUUCUCGUAAAUCUUUGUGCAAUUAUUGGUGGUAUUUACACAGUGGCAAGUAUUAUUGAUGGAAUCUUAUACCAUUCUCUUAGAGCUAUUCAGCAAAAGAUAGAGAUUGGGAAGCUUAGUUAAAUUUCCAUGUAAUAAGAACAACAAAUUUAUGCAGUAUAAAUCUAUAUUUUAUAACACAAUGUAUUACAAUGUAUUCAGCUCUGUAAAUCAUGAAAGUUUUCACUCAUUGAUCAGAUGAAAAGUCGAAUAAAUAAGUCAUCAAUCUAAACA